AUGGGUACCAGGCGAUUUUAUACAUUGGCUGAAUUAGAGGAUAUUAUAAAUGACCCCUAUUUCUUAGAUGACGAUGAAGAUAAUGGAAUUUAUAUUGUUGAAUUGCCACCCGAUAACGUCGAUGAUGUGUCUGAUGUUGAAGAAAUAGAUAAAGACAUACUAGAAGACACGUGCCCUAAAGAUUUUCCUGGCAAAUUGAAAAUACAUUCAGCUGCUAUAAAUACUGAAUCAUUAUCACCGUUAGACGUGACACCUGAUGAGACUCCUUAUAACACUCAAAACGAAAUCACACAGAAGCGCCAAAUGAAAACUGAAGCUCGGAAACUAAAACCAAAUUUAGACUGGCGAAAAUGUAGGUCAGACUUUAUAAAAAACUUUUGGGAUAAUACGGAUAUUGUACAAGCUUAA